AGGAAAACGAUUCGAAAAUUGGAAAACAUGACGGAUGACAAACCGGACAAGGAUUUCUUGGAUGCGAUUAUUGAUUUUGAUUGGGAUGCACUUGCGGAUUUGAACCGGAAGGCGGCGUCGUUGAUGCGUCUUGCUGUUGGCCUGCCUUUUGCCACUGCUUCUUCAGGACCGUUGUUCACCGUCGGGGACACCGAUGCAACGGACCUCACACUCUCAAAUACCGAUGCGAACGAAAGAACACCGCGGUAUACCUCCGCUCUUGAUGUGGUUGUCCCGCAUUGGGAGAUCACGCUCCUUGCUCCGGCACUUUAUGUCAACAUGCUGAAACGCGGAUUCGGAUUCCGGUCGGGUUUCUGGGGUGAUCUACAAAAGGAUUUGGACGGACUUGAUGAGCACAUGGAUUCCAUCUUCGGGAUGCUUGGGCAGACAUUUCCCAGGUUUCCUGACUUUGAGCGGACCCUCGGCUCAGCGGCAUCCAAUGAGGAGGACGGGCCGAUGAUGUCGAGUUGGUCUACUUCGAGUUCAUCAUCGUCAUCUUUGUCUUCAUCAGAUCAGGAGAGUUCGGAGAAAAGAGUGGUUUCUACAAGCACCUCCACUUCUCGACGGUUGCAGGAAGAUGGUCGUGUACGUGUUUACACCAUGAAGCGCAAGGUGUUCUCGGAUGGUUCAGAGGAAACGGAAGAGAACGACGAGAUUGUCGAUGGAAGGAACGGGAGCAAUGGGAAUGGGGGCGGAGUGACUAGCUGGAGGUUCAACGACGAUGGCAUCUUGUCUCGUACGUCUUGGCCUCCGCGUCAAUAGCUGAUGAAACAUGGUAUAAGGAACGCAAUGAUUGUGAUGAUGUGAGGGACGUUUUUCUUUCUUGGUGCACGGUGU